AUGUCAAAUUAUCUCAAACCCCACUCUCGUUAUGCAAAAAAAAAACAAUCAAUCAAUACUACAGGACACUUUGAUACAACGUUUUUCCCCCUUCUUUACUUUCUCUCUUUCCCAACUCCGUCUCUUUCUCUCCGUUCCCCUCCUUCACUUUUUGUCCUUUCCCUCUCCGUCUCUUUCUCUCUGUUCCCCCUCCUUUGCUUUUUGUUUUUACCCAAUCCCUCCAUUCUUCCAUUCCUCCUUCACAUUCUGUAUUUGCAACUCCGUCUCUUUCUCCCGCCCCCCUCCUUCAGCUUUUGUCCUUUCCCCACCUCUUUUCUCUGUUCCCUCCUUUGCUUUUUUGUUUUACCCACUCUCUCAUUCUCUCCGUUCCCCUUCCUUCACAUUCUGUAUUUAUAUAACUCCGUCUCUUUUCUGCCCGUCACCCUCCUUCAACGUUUGUCUUUUCCCACUCCCUCUCAUUCUCUCCGUUCACCUUCCUUUUUACCUUUUCUCUUUCCCUCAAUCCGUUUCUUCAUCUCCUUCCUCUUCCUUCACUUUUUGCCUCCCCCCUGUCGGUUUCCUGUCUUUCCGUUCCUACCUUCCUUUUUCUCUUUCCCCACUCAGUCUCUUUUCCUCUGUCUUGCCGAUCUUCACUUUUUUCUCUUUACCCAAUCCGUCUCUUUCUCUCCGCCCCUCGUCUUUUAUUUUUUCUCUUUCCCCACUCCUUCUCUUGAUAUUUUUGUCUUACCUUCCAUGUAUGCGCAUUUUGUUUCUUUUCACAAUUGGCGAAGCGAAACAGAGAAAUUAGAUGUAAGCCAACCACUAGCCUUACCAGUGAUCUUAUUAAUAUCUAUCUAUCUAUCUAUCUAUCUAUCUAUCUAUCUAUCUAUCUAUCUAUCUAUCUAUCUAUCUCAGUCUGUUCAUUAUGUAUCUUGGGCUGUUCAUUAUCUAUCUAUCUAUCUAUCUAUCUAUCUAUCUAUCUAUCUAUCUAUCUAUCUCAGUCUGUUCAUUAUCUAUCUUGAUUUGUUCAUUUAUUCAUUAUCUACCUAUUCAUUCAUUCUCACUUUGUUCAUAUCUACCUGUCCAUCUCUCUCUCUCUCUCUCUCUCUUAGUUUGCUAACAUCUAUCUAUCUAUCUAUCUAUCUAUCUAUCUAUCUAUCUAUCUGUUAUGGUCCAAGUUCCUUGUACCACGGUGAUGGUCCAAGGUUAGAACCAAUGAAAGAAUAA